GAACAACCUUGCAACAAGUGUGAUAAUUUCGACACGGUUGUUACAAGUUGUCAACAAGUUGUUCCAAACUUGUUGACGAGCCGUUGGUAGACUUGUUACAAGAUGUGAGAUUUUUACGUGUGUAUCUUCAAAUAAAUUUCUUGACACCCCCACGUGACGUCACAUGCAAUCCGAGAAUACAACGAUGAAUCAUCGUUGUUAAUUGUAUUAAAACUUUGUACAACGAGUUGUCUUUGUAAUUUGUAUCAUCAUGUUUUGUGAAGGCAAUGAUCGUAUAGCACCACCACCAGAACUCAAUAUCACACUCCCGACAGCGAGGGAUUUUGAUAGUGAACCAUAUGACUGUUCAAGCAAUGAGAUUCAGUCACAAGUACCAACAGAUAUUCUGCUAAUAACAGCAAAUGAUCAUGAAUUCAAUGCUUGCUAUUCAUAUAUGAAACAUGUUCAACGAGGUUAUUCUACGAAACUGGGAAUGGUAGAUUUUGGUCGAUUUGGUGAUCAGAAUAACCCGAAUGUUGCAUUGAUGAAAUGUCGGCAGGGACCGACUGAGGCUGUGAUAGCAGUGAGAAAUGCCGCUGAAAUUUUAAACCCAAAAGUAGUCCUCUUUGUCGGGAUCUGUGCAAGCAUGGAACGGGCGAAGGCAAAACUUGGCGAUGUCGUGAUUUCUGCCAAACUGGCGACUUAUGAUGAUAAGAAAUUCAAGGCAGAUGGUACAGUUGUGUAUCGCGGGACUAAACCGAACGUUAGUAAAAAUAUGGCUCAUCUUAUUCUCAAUGCAGCUGAUGGUUGGAAACCACCGUUAAAAGACCCGAAAAGUUUAGACGUUGAAGUUCACCAUGACGCUGUGAUGUUAAGUGGCUCGGAUUUAGUUAAUAAUCGUGAAAGACGACAAGAGUUACUGAAUUCGUUCCCGGACGCACUUGGUCUUGAAAUGGAGGGUGCAGGUAGGAACUUCCCGCAUCAUUCAAGCCUUCCACACCAAUUAGGCUUCGAACGGUGUAUCAAUCUGUCAACCUGUUAAAACAAAUUCCAGAGGGGGAGGGAACUUAAAGGAAAAUGACAAUAUAAAAUUUUUAUUUUCUCAUUUGAAAGUACUUUUGUAACCACAUAUUAACUUCUUUUACCGAUUGUUCAUAUCUUGCUUAGUUCUUGAAAUAAUUUCACUUGAAGUAAUGAGAUGUUCGCCAUCUUGGAUAAAUUUUUGACCUCAUUAACGGUAGUUUUGGUGACGUCACAACGGAAGAAGUUAUUUCGCUGACCUCAGAAUGACAUUUCGUCAAAAUUUUUUCUUCAAGAUUGGUUUAGAAACAAACUUGGAGUAGGGUUAGGUUAGGGUUAGGUCAAGGACCUUGACCUAACCCUACUCCAAGUUUGUACUCAAGGGUUAGGGUUAGAGUUGGUGUUUGGAAUAGGGUUAGUGUUAGUAAAACCGUUGCUUUGUUACGUUUUGUCAGCGAAAUAAUCUCUUCCUGUCACAACAGGGAUCAACCACAUAAAAGUAUUCGUUGCUAACCAAAUAUUGAUUGGUAGAUGUUUUAAAGGUUUUGAGUGAUCUUGAUAUUUCGAAGGGCAGACAGAGUAUAGUUUUGAGUGCAAAAUGAUUAGUGGUUGUCUAGAUAAAAAUAUCGCGUGACCCCUGUUGUGGCGUGACAUGCAUAUCUACAAAAAUUGAAGAUGGCGGACAUUUCAUUCCUUUCGAUCAAAAUAUUUGUAGAAGUAAGCAAGAUAUGGAAAAAAACGGUAAAAGAGUAUUACAUAUAGUCCUAAAAGUUUUUUCAAAUGAGAAAAGAAAAAAUAUAUUGUCAUUUCCCUUUAAUGGGGGAUUUCUAGUGUCUUUAAUACUGAACAGAAAUUAACUGAGAUUUUUAACCCAAAACAUGAUUGGGCUUGAUGCGCUAUUACUGCAAAAUGGGUUAGCGUUAUGCCUAUGACAUGAACACACGUCUACAUUUUUGUGCUUAAAUUUUAGGUUUAUAUGCUGCUGUGUAUGAUCUUGGCAUAGAAUGGGCUGUAAUUAAAGCAGUGUCGGAUUUUGCUGACGGAAGUAAAGAGAAAACAAAACUUUGGCAGCCAUUUGCCAGCGCAAUGGCGGCAUCUGUUGUAUAUAAUAUGUUUAAAUAUCCUGUUGUGUUAAAAGACUGGCGUCACUACAACGCAUAAGGUAGCUAUUCUCUUAUACCAGGGUUAUACUGACUCCACCCGUUUUCAUCCACCAGUUUCUUAAAAGUAUUGCUGGUACAACAGAAGGCACGGUAUAUGCCAACACAAUUACAUUCUACCAUCUUCAUUUCUUCCUCCCGUAUCUCAUAUUCUACUACAUCCCCUAAAAUAAACACGUUCACCUUUAUAUUCAAAUGACUAUCAUUUGCCCUUUUCAUCGUUCUUACCACUAUCUUUCUUCAUUUUUCCAUUCUACCCAUCCAUUCUUAUUUCCUAUCCAACUUUUCUUGUCUCCCUUUUCCCAUUUUCCCCUACUUUAUUUCUUAUUGACCUAAGGUAGAUCCUCUUAUUUAAUGUAUUUAGGACAUACAUAAUGGUCGCACAAUUAAAUACGUAGCUUCAGGACGAGUUCACUCGUGGAAUGAAUCUUGGGUCUAGGAUGGAACAGCGAAAGAUGCUGCACCUCGCCUCUCUGUGAAGAACCAUUUUGAAACCGCUGAUCAGGCAAUUUACGCAGUAACCGAAGCGUUAUAACUGAAGAACGCAAAUUAUAUAAUAUAAGAUUACUAACAUAUAAACUCGAAUUUUCAUAUAUGUCGUUUUUUAGUGUCCAAAAGACUCUAUAGUCCAUACCGCUUUGACAUUUAUACUGUAGAAACAUUUUGCUGUAAUAUCAUAAUUAAAUUUCAUACUUAAAACUGUUGAUUCAUAAUGUAAAUAUAACUUCCAUUUAUUGACUAUUAUUCCAGAUUAUUACGAAUGUUAGGCUACUUUUUUAUUGUUUCUUGACAUUAUAUUAAGUAUAUUAGAAAUAAUUUUCAUGUGUCAAGUAAUGAGUUUUAAGGUUUCUGAGCUUGCUUUGACUGUCAUUGCUGUUUUUUGAAUAGCUGGAGUGUUAGUGUUGUGCUAUGUAGUCGCUCACCCUCCAGCCGUUCAAAAGCGGCAUUGACACUCAAGAGAAGCUCAGGUUGAACCUCGGACAGUUUACAAACUAUUUGAAGAUGAUUAAUAAUUAACUUUAGUUUGAUUUAACAAGAUUCUAUUUGAUUUAACCUAUUUGAUUUGCAUGGUAACUGACUGAAUUAGUGAUUAAGUGUUGACAAAUGUGCAUGACGUAAUAGUAUCCAGACAGUAUCGAAGGCAAGUAUCGUAUCAUAGGCAGCCUAGCCUGCGUGGCAGGCUCUUCUCAUCCCAUUUCCUAUCCUACUUUUCUUGUCUCCCGUAUCCUAUUUCCUCUACUUUGUUUCUUAUUGACCUAAGGUAGAUCCUCUUAUUUAAUUUAUUAAUGUAUUUAGAACAUACAUAAUGGUCGCACAAUUAAAUACGUAGCUUCAGGACGAGUUCACUCAUGGAAUGAAUCUUGGGUCUACGAUGGAACAGCGAAAGAUGCUGCACCUCGCCUCUCUGUGAAGAACCAUUUUGAAAUCGCUGAUCAGGAAAUUUACGCAGCAACCGAAGAGUUAUAACUGAAGGAACGCAAAUUAAUAUAAGUGGAUCGGACAGUUUACAAACUAUUUGAAGAUGAUUAAUAAUUAAAUUUAGUUUCAUUUAACAUGAUUCUAUUUGAUUUAACCUAUUUGAUUUGGAUGGUAACUGACUGAAUUAGUGAUUAAGUGUUGACAAAUGUGCAUGACGUAAUAGUAUCCAGAGAGUAUCGAAGGCAAGUAUCGUAUUGAGAUAUUGAGACAGUGUGCGAGAGCGUAUAGACAGCUGAAGUAUAUCUAGAGUUUAUCAAGGUAUGUAGAUAUUGUAAAUUGUUUAGUUGUAAUCAAGAUAUUCAAUCUCUGUCUAAUCAUUUUGACUGUAAUCUAAUCAAAACCCAAUCAUUUCAGAAUGCAUUAA